AAAACAUUUAUUACCACUCUACAAAUCACAUUAGCUUUUGUUGUGUACUAUGUCGCUGGAAAAUACGUGGACUCCAUUGCUAUACACAUUUUAUUUUUUGGGCCAGAGCCCAUUCCCUUCAACUUCAACAAUUUCAAAAAGCUAUUUCAAACGAUUGCUCCUCAAACUACCCAUUUUAAUAGUUUUUUGCGCUAGCAUGUAUGUGACCAUCCAUUUCUUCAAUAAAGAAUUCUAUUUUGCAUGGGGGAAUGAAGGACUAGAUGUUAUUAGCUUUCUAUUAAUUCUCAGCUCACUGAUGACGAACCUCGUCAUCACAUGCCGGUCUCUGUUUCGCGGAUCGGUUUGUGUUCAGCUUCAACAGUCGUUCAGUGCAUUAGAAAUGGAAUUUCAGAAAUUAUUGCCGAAUAGAAAUGUUCAAUUUGGGAAAUUUCGUACUGUUUUUUUGAUGAAAUUCUUCGCUGUCCUGAUUUUAUAUUUCGUUUUAGUAUUUGCGAUGUCCAUGUCUCGCAUUAAGGCAGAAUAUUCUCAUACAAGCUUAGUGGUAGUGUUGGCUUUUAUCAACGAUUUAUGUGCUCUUCAAGUCGUACUGUACGUUGAUUUAACCAAAUUCUUCUUGAAAACGAUAUCUCACACAUUCCUCAAUAUUGACGGCGCGGAAGCCAAAUGUGUUAGAGAGGCAGUAAUUAGAACAGAAUUGCUACUAUCAACCAAAAAGUGUUAUUUGAGCAUCUCUAAAACCGUCGAUAAAAUCAACGAACAUUUUGGACCUUUCCUUUUGGCCUACAUUGUGCAACAAUUCCUGGCGGUUUCGUAUGAUAUUUUUUGGGUGUUUGUUAGUAAGCUCAGUGCUGGACUUUGGCCGAGUCUGGACAACGGUUCUGUUCUCCUGUGCGAUCUUUUAAGUCUCUUUCUUUUAUUGAAUUCUUGUCAUAAAAUGAGUUUUGAAACGCAAACAAUUCGGAGUUUCCUGUACGAAGAUGAUUAUUUAAUACGUGGGGAUGGUCAACGGUUCCUAACACUAAUAAUAAAUCAACCGAUGAAAAUUACCACCAUGCAUUUUUUCGAUUUAGAUCGAUCGUUCUUCGCUGCGUUAACAGUUGGAGGUAUUACGACGGCUAUUGUACUGGUUCAAUUUCAGAAUUAUUGAAGGCAAUGUACGCAAAAAAAAUCGUUGUUGAAUGAAGGCUUGCUAUCACUGGAACAAUUAUCAAAUCUGUUACUUAAUCCAAGUAAAUAUUUUCAUCAAAUUUAAAUA